AUGGAAGAAAAUGCAUUUUGGUUGUGGUGCGGCGGUGUGUGCUGGUGUGGUCUACUGGCUUUUUUGCUUUUGGUUUGUGGCCAUGCUUCAGUUUGUUUAACCUUAUGUUUUUUUAAAAAGAAGUGUUCUCAGGUUUUUUUCAUUUCAGGUGAUGGCUCUUGUACUGUUGCUGGUGGCAUGCUUUUUUUGGUGAUGGCUGGUGGCUUUGCUUCUGUUGGUGGUUAUGCUCCUUUAGUACUGGCUCUCUACUCGACUACUUUUGGUGGACUUGCUGGUGGAUCUGAUUGCUCUUCAUGGAAAUUAUUUUGCUUGGGCAGCAUGGAACUGGAGCAACUGGUGGAGAAACAACCAAUGUGA